AUCACCCACAAUAAUUUUCCUUCAUAAGAAGCACCAACAUUAUGAAAUUUCACAAGAAGAAAAAAAAGAAAACCAUGUAUCUAUUAUACAAAAUUGUUUUCUUAUUAAUUCUAAGCACUUCAAGUGCAAAAUCACAAGACCCUUUAGGUGAAUUUUGCAACAAAAACACAAACAUUAGCAUUGGUGGAAAAUUAUCAACUAAUAUUGAUAAACUAUUAGCUGAAUUAGCCCUUAAAACACCUUCAACUUUCUUCAUUGCUACAUCAUAUGGUGAUAACAAAGACAAAGUUUAUGGCUUAGCUCAAUGUAGAGGAGAUAUUAACACACAAGAUUGUUCCAAUUGUAUUCAAAAUGCAACAAAACAAAUCCGACAACGUUGUCCGAACCAAGCCGAUGCAAGAAUUUGGUAUGAUUAUUGUUUUUUAAGGUAUAGUAACAAAAGUUUCAUUGGUGAAGUUGAUACAUCUUUUGGUAUAUUUUAUUUUAAUGUUGAAAAUGUAACUGAUUCUCAAGUUUUUAACAAGAAACUUGGAAAUUUAAUGGAUCAAAUUAGAGGAGAAGGUGUAAUGGCUAAAAAUAAAGGACUUGGAAAAGGAAAAAGUGUGUUGUCACCAUUUGUGACACUUUAUGCAUUGGUUCAAUGUACUAGGGACUUGGAUGAGAUAUCUUGUGCUCAAUGUUUGGCUAUUGCAGUGAAUAAUUUUCAAACUUUUUGUAAUAAUCGUAAAGGUUGUAGAGUUUUAUAUAGUUCUUGUUAUGUUAGAUAUGAAUUGUACCCUUUUUUCUUUCCUCUUGAUUCAACCAAAACAAAACCUUCUAAUAUUGAAAAGGUUAUUGUUUAUCCUUAAAUGCCAUGUCAUGACAAAAGUAUAGCAUUAUUGGUUAAUGCUCAAAUGUAUUGCUAUGGAUCAAGUAACCUUGAACAUGAAAUUUGUAUUUGAAAAAAAAAAGGAAGAUGAAGAAGAAUAAGAUGAGUUUGUUUCAUUAGUAUCAAA